UGUUUUAUAGAUGAUAUCGUCGUCUUCUCUCAGACAGCAGACGAGCAUGUAACACACCUGCGUAACGUGCUAUCCCUGUUUCGAGAUCUACGCAUCACAUUAUUACUAAAGAAGUCGUUUUUAGCGUACCCGUCAGUUAAGCUACUCGGGUAUCAGGUAGAUAGGUUUAGAAUAGCGACGACGGCAGAACGGGUAGUAUCGAUAAAAAAUCUAAAGUUCCCUAAAAACUUAAGGGCCCUAGAACAAUACCUAAGGAUAACAGGCUACCUACGCUAA